AUGGCCUAUAUGUGCGCCGCCGACAGCGGCAAUCUAAUGGCCAUAGCCCAACAAGUCAUACAGCAAAAGCAACAGAGGGAGCAGCAAGAACAGCAACAGCACAACCAGCAGCAGCAAAAUCAGCUACUGGGUCUCACUACUUCAUUCCCGUUGAAUCCCUGGCCCACUAACCCCAAUCUGGGCUACGGCCUUGCCGCUCCCGGAUUUUCCGACCCGUUUCAGGUCCCCGGGUCUGUCGCCGCCGCGGGGGAGGCCGGGUUCCCGUUCGAGGGCGGCGUCGGCGGUGGCGGGUUUAGGUUUUCCGAUUUAGGCGGUGCGGCGGGUGAGUUUGACUCGGACGAGUGGAUGGAUAGUCUAAUGGGCGGUGGAGACUCAACGGAUAGUUCCAAUCUUCCGUCUGCUUGCGACGCGUGGCAAAACAGUGCCGAUCAUUUCGCUCUCUACGGCUCAGAUCCCUUUGUUGCCGCUCGUCUCAGCGCCCCGGCGGAUCUUAAUCGGAUCCUUUUCCCCGAAUCGGGUCCUAAACCGAUCCAACCCGAGUGGGCUCCACCGUCAUCGUCUCCAUCUCCUCCGCCGGAGGCGACGGUCAAAGAAGCGAAGCCGGCUGAUGACACAUCUCCUCCCCCUCCGCCUCCGCCGCCGCUGGCAGUACCAAAACCCAUCCCGGGUCCCACCGUCUCUUCUUCCACGUCAGCGGAAUUAGAGCCGUCGUCACCACCGCUACUGAAAUCCCUAAUGGAGUGCGCCCGGCUCGCCGAGUCAGAACCCGAAUCGGCCAUUAAAUCGCUGGUUAAAAUCCGAGACUCGGCCUCGGAGCACGGAGAUCCGACGGAGCGGGUCGCGUUUUACUUCGCCGAGGCUCUGUACUGUCGGCUGUCUCAGCAAGCGGGCAAGAGCUUGACCAUGUUGGAGACGACGAGCGACGAGUUCACUCUGUCCUACAAAUCCCUAAACGACGCCUGCCCGUACUCCAAGUUCGCUCACCUGACGGCCAACCAGGCCAUUCUCGAGGCAACGGAAAGGGCGACCAAGAUUCACAUCGUCGAUUUCGGCAUCGUUCAAGGGGUUCAAUGGGCGGCCCUCUUGCAAGCUCUGGCGACCCGAUCCGCCGGGAAACCGGCUCGGGUCCGGAUAUCGGGCAUUCCCGCACAGGCUCUAGGACCUUCCCCUGCAGCUUCUCUGUUCGCCACAGGGAAACGGCUUCGCGAUUUCGCCAAGCUGUUGGAUUUGAACUUCGAGUUCGAACCGAUUCUUGCUCCGAUCGAAGACCUGAACGGAGCUAGUUUCCGGGUCGAGCCGGAUGAGGUUUUAGCAGUCAAUUUCAUGCUCCAGUUGUUCAAUCUGCUGGAGGAGACCCCGGUGGCGGUGGAGACGGCUCUGCGAAUGGCAAAGUCAUUGAGCCCGAGGAUCGUGACGUUGGGUGAGUACGAAGUGAGCUUGAACAGGGUCGGGUACUUGGCUCGGUUCAAAAACGCGAUGAGGUACUACUCGGCCGUGUUCGAGUCGCUGGAGCCGAGCUUGGGCAGGGACUCGACGGAGAGGCUCGAAGUCGAGAGAAUGCUGCUGGGUCGGAGGAUCGCAGGAGUGAUCGGGCCGGAGGAGAAGCCUGGAAUCAGAAGGGAAAGGAUGGAAGAUAGAGAUCAAUGGCGGGUGCUGAUGGAGAGUUGCGGGUUCGAAGCAGUGGCGCUGAGCAAUUACGCCAUGAGCCAGGCAAAGAUCCUUCUUUGGAACUACAAUUACAGCCCACGGUACUCACUCAUAGAAUCGAAACCUGGGUUCGUUUCGUUAGCCUGGAAUGAAGUCCCCCUGCUCACUGUUUCUUCAUGGCGUUGA